AUGAAUAUGUGUCUCCUGAUGAGCGGCAUUAUUCUCACUUUUCUGUUUGUAUUCUGGAAAAAAAGGUUCCAGAGAAACAUUGGUGAAAUGUCAUCAAAUUCGACUUCUCUUGCACUAGUAAGACCAUCCUCUCCUACUGGCUCAGCUAAGAGCAAUACUGAUAAUAUUCUUUCAGUCAGCAGCCUCUCUCAGGAUAUUUUAAAUGAUUUUCCACACUCGAUAGCCAUGCAGAAGUGAAUACUGGUAAACCUCAGGAUCGUGGAAUACAAGCUGGCUGAAUUGGAACACUUCCUAGUUAACAAGGGUUUAAAUGGUGGAUUAGUUAACCAGAAAUCCAUUGAAAAACUUACAGAAUGUAAUAACAGCGAAGGCAAUCAUUAA